GGGCGGGGGUCACGUGGCCGUGGGGGCCCGGUUGGCGGCGGCGCGUGGAGCCAUGGCGGUUCCCAGCGGAGGUGUGAAGGAGGACUCAUUCAACGUGCUGGACCUGGCCGAGUACACCAAGAACCGUCCCUGGUGGCGCAAGGUCUUCGCCCCCAGCUCGGGGUCGAGCGCUGAGAAAUAUAACGUGGCCACGCAGCUGGUGAUCGGAGGGGUCACAGGAUGGUGUACUGGAUUCAUCUUCCAGAAAGUUGGAAAGCUGGCAGCGACAGCAGUAGGAGGUGGUUUUUUCCUACUUCAGAUUGCAAACCACACUGGAUACAUCAAAGUGGACUGGAAGUUAGUAGAACGGGACGUGAACAAAGCCAAGCAGCAGCUGAAAUUUCAUAGCAGUGGUAACAAAAUGCCUCCAGAAGUGAAAAGCAGAGUGGAUGAGGUGAUCAUAUUUCUGAAGAAGAAUGUUAUCCUGACUGGAGGGUUUGCUGGAGGAUUCCUGCUCGGAAUGGCAUCCUAGAAACUGCGCUCCACUCUUCCUUCAUGCCCAGUCUCCCCUGCCUUCCUCUACUGCUGUUCUCUCUCACUUAGAAGUCAAUGGAUGUUGCUGAUGGGCUCAGUCCCUUCUGCUCACAGGUUUCAGCCCUUAUUUCUUAUAGUGCUGCUUCUGAUUGCCGACUUUUUUCUCUGUCUGGGCUGUUAGGGUGCUGGGAUCGGUCUGAAAGCUUAUGACUCCAAGUGUAUCAUUAUGACUCCUUUCCCCACCAAAUAUGCCCAGUCCCAAAUUUUCUGAUGAGUUGCAGCCUCAUAAACAUGUAGUGGCAGAGAAAUCUCUUAAAUGCACUUCUUCCCAAGUGCUCAGGGCUGCUACGUGUAUGUUUGUCUGCCAGUAUAUGUGUACAACAGCUGUCAGCUGUUCACCAUUAUUUAGCUUGUGGUUCUUCUGACCUGGUACCUGGAAAGCCCGUGCUUCCCUCUGCACAGAGAUGGUGUGUGCAAUCUAAAAUGUGCUUGGCUGUUCUGGGGUGGAUGCAAAAGUGUCGGGGGACAGCCUGGUCUGUGUCCAGGGCAGGUGGAUAAAGGAGUAUGUUCAUGCUGUAUGUGGUGCUGGGGGUUCUCCUGCCCUCCCCCUGGCAUUGCACUGCACGUAGAUGGCCAUUUGGCUUCUCCUCUGCUGCUAUUUAUAUCCCUUACUGGAAUUGCAGCGCUGGCACUGCUGGUGGAAGCUGAGCACUGUGGGUGACUCCCCGGGCCCUUUCCUCAUCAUGUGUUCUGAAAGUCACCAAGCUUCCUGCACUGUAGAGCGCCUUUCUUGCUUGCUAGCUGACUGUUCAGCCUGUGUGACGUGCUGAGUGCCUUCCUGUGGUGUGCAGCCUCCCGGCCCAACCCGCCGGGGUCGGGCGAGCUGGUGCAGGCGGCGUGCGGUUCGGCUGUGCUGCUUACUGUAAAUCACCUUGGGCCUCAGACUGGUGUUUCUAGGUCAACCAUGACCUCCUCUGGCCGCUUUGCUGGUGGUGAUGGAGCUGUAACCAUGUGGGACAGGAUUGUAGACAGGAAAUGCAUCCUUGGUUAGGGUACAUUGUGCUGGUCCGGAGUCCCUGUUGCCAGCUCUACUGGAGUGGGAGGAGGGGGGUAGGAUGUGAAAUCUGGAAUGCAGUCCUUUACCUGCCUUUGCAGAGCACAAACUCUAUCUCCUCAGUCUCUGCAAGCAACUGAAAUGAAAGAACUGUUGGGAAAACCAGGUUGGGCUCUUACGGGUGUGGCUCAUUUCCUUUCUGCCUUGGUUUCUUUACAUUCAUCAUUUCCACAAAAAAAAAGUUGCUUGCUUAAUUCCAUCAGCUGCAGCCCUUCUCCUGCAGGUGUGAAGCAGCCCAGAUGCAGAGCUCAGCUGUUUUUGGACAGUCUGUCCCAGUGCAACUGUGUGCAAAGCAGAACUCUAACCUACAAGAGAAAAUGACAACAACAACAAAAAAUCCCUUAGAGGUGUUCUGCAUUGGUUGUACUGGGCUGACAUUACUGCUUUCCGGAAUGAGGGGACUUGCAUGACAGUGUGGUGAUGUCUUCCAGCAGGUACCUGUAGGAGUUCUUGCCAAGAAUUUUUUUUUUUUUUUAUGUGAAAGUCAGCCCCAUCCUUCAAUGGGAAACGUACUCGGGAAUGGUGAUGCACAUGGGUGAUCAGGGUGCAGCACUUGGCUCAGCAUCUGCACCCCAUCUCCAGGUCUGUGUAGUGCCUUUCUGACCUCCGCUGCGGCUCUCAGUAUGGCUGGAAACAGGGAUCUUCCCCUGAGAGCUGCUGGAAGAGCUGGAACGGUGGAUUCUUCCACCAGAGGUUUUGGGAUGAGCACUUGCAGCUGUUAAUUUUGUUUCAGUCCUGUUGAUUGAAAGGUCAAUGUAGCAACACAUUGAUUUAGCUGAAGUUUUCUCACCUUCUGGAUCUGAAAAGAGGCUGCAGGUGAUUGGGAAACAGAAGUUGGUACCUUUGCUCCUGUCCUGCUGUACAUGGCCAAAGAGAAUGAAGGAGCAGCAGGGCCCACAUCCUUUUAAUUAUGGUCUUCCUAAAAGUCAUCCAGGACUACAGGAGUGAUGUGAUACAGCAAAUAAGUCUUCAGUAGAUUCAUGUUUGGGAGUGGAGUGGCUGAUGAUGGUGGUAGUUUUGGGGCUUUUUUUGUUUGGUUGUUUUUAAAUUUUGUUUUGGAUUUUUUUUUUUUUUUCAUAGGAACCCUGCAGGGCUGAACAUGCAGAUAUUGAUACAUUUCUAUUGCAGGGUAUCUCUUGUUCCUGUAGGAAAACAGUGUUGCUGCCCCUCUGCCUGGUGUGCUGCUCAAUACCACUUCUUCUGGGAUAUACUAGUCUCCACAAAGCUCUCUCCAACGAUAAAGCUCAAAGUGUAAAUCAUUAACAGACCGUAGGGAUGUUUUUCAGGCUCAAAUAAGUCACUGUUUCUUCCCAGUCCCAAGGAAGGGUGUCCUGGGUUCUGCUCCACAGGGUGCUGACUUGCUGCUGUGGAGAGAAAUGGCCCAGAGAGGGAGCUAAAACACCUCAAUUGCUGCUGGAAAGGGAAACAAGGGACAAAUUCAUGUUGAGUUGGAUGUGAAUGCAGGCAGGGAAUGGACACGGACAUCAAGAUCUGGCAAAUCUUUCUGCUCUGCCUGGUGUCGGGCUCCUGGCUGGCACCGUGUGGUGCUGUGGGCCCACACUGGAAGCUUUGAUGCUGAAUCUGCCUCUGUGGGGAUGCACGUUCAUUGUUGCAGGUGCCAAGAUGAGGUGUUCCCCCGUCUGCCCACCCCUGCUCCUUUUGGUCUUGUUUCAACAACUUCUGGCGUUUCUUCCAGUAUGAGAAGGUUUAAAACACACUAGGCUUUUAAAGUGUUUUUAUAUAUGAUAUGUAAAUGCUUGUUGAAGUGAUUUUAUUAAACAGUUUUGCUCUAAUA